AAGAAGAAAAAAAGAGAGAAAAACAGCUGUCAUCGCUCGUCAUUUGUUUCGUCCCAUCCGGGACUUGGAUUGUUGGCGCAGGCGCAGCAGCGACUGUGUUUCUUCAACCUUAAUUUUGCCAACAACUAAACAGCUUUAUUUUAUUUAAAAAUCUGCGAAUAGGUGAAGCUGCGAAUCCAGAACUGCGAAUAGGGAGAGUUGACUGUAUUUCAGAAGUAAUUUCUGGCAUUACUGUACAAAAAAGAAGGCGAGAUUUUGGAUUGGGAGCAUUUGACUUAUUGUGCGCAUUCUUUCCAUAGGUGAUCCACUAUCUGAUUAAGGAUCAUGUCGGUGCUAAACGGAGAGGAUAUGGUGGAGUGUCCGCUAUGUAUGGAGCCUUUGGAGAUGGAUGACCUCAACUUUUUCCCAUGUACUUGUGGGUAUCAAAUCUGUCGCUUUUGUUGGCAUCGGAUAAGAACGGAUGAAAAUGGGUUAUGUCCAGCUUGUCGGAAGGCUUAUCCUGAAAAUCCGGCGGACUUCAAGCCUUUGUCACUUGAAGAGCUGCAGCGAAUAAAACAAGAAAAGCGUCAGAAAGAUGCACAGAAGAAACAAAAGGUGUUUGAAAACCGCAAACAUCUUGCUAAUGUUCGAGUAGUUCAGAAAAAUCUAGUGUUUGUCGUCGGUCUAUCUUCUCGGUUAGCAGACGUAGAGACAUUAAAGAAGCCAGAUUAUUUUGGGAAGUUUGGAAAAAUUCAUAAAGUGGUUAUAAACCACAGUACUAGUUAUGCGGGGUCUCAGGGUCCAAGUGCGUCUGCGUACGUGACUUAUCAACGUGCAGAGGAUGCGCUCAGAGCUAUCCAAGCAGUCAACAACAUCCAUGUAGAUGGUCGAACUUUGAAGGCGUCACUAGGGACAACAAAAUACUGUUCUCACUUCAUGAAGAACCAGCAGUGCCCUAAAGGAGACUGCAUGUAUCUUCAUGAAUUAGGAGAUGAAUCGGCAAGCUUUACUAAAGAAGAAAUGCAACAAGGGAAGCAUCAAGAGUUUGAGAAAAAACUACAAGAACAGUAUUUAGGGAACUCGACCUCCGAAAAAAAUAGCUUAAGUGUACCACCUUCUCAACCGGCCAGCUCAGGAAAUUCAGGUUCUAAUAAAAGAAAUGCUACAGGAGGUGGUAAAGAGAACCAUGCUCCCAAAAGUCAACCGGGCUCAUUAAAUUCUGAUUCCACUGGGGAGGCUUGGCCAACCUUAAAUGCUGCUUCAACCAAAGAAAAGAAGAAUAAGAAGUCUGAUAGAAGUAAUAGCUCGUGUAGUGAAGAACACAAUAACAACAAUAAUAAUAACAAUAAUAAUAACAAUAAUAAAAGAGGUGGAAAAGAGAGGGAAAGAUCUUGUACUACAGGAAGUCAUAGUAGCACUAGCAGUAAUAGUAGUAACAGCAGCAAUAGCAGCCACUCGAGUGGUAACUCGAGUAAUGGGCUUGGGGUGGAUAUAAUAAAUCACAGUGUGUCCCCUGCUGUGACGUCAUCCCCAUCUUCGGCGAAUGACAGUUGCUCAUCUUCUGCCUCGACGACCCCUCCUCCGUCAUACGAAACUCCUCUUAUCCCCCCUUCACCACCUCCCAGUUCGUCACCAGUAGCCUCUGCGCAGGAUGACAGUUCUCCGCUCCCAACUCCGCCUUCAUCCUUAUCGUCGUCUUCGGAGCCUUCGUCCAGUUUACCACUACCACAACAAUUUUCUCGUGCCGCAUCUCUCUUUUCGGAUAAUACACAGAGCUACUUCUCGUCUGUACCUAAUCUUCCACUACAGCGAAACUCUCCUCCUCUUCCUCCAUCAUCUCCUCAGCCACAACUUCAAAAUAGUCAAAAUACACAAAAUAAUUCGUCGGAUUGGGGCAGAAAAACGCCUGAAGUAUUUAAUAUGGAUAGUAUGUUCCCUGCCGAAAAUAACAGUACCUGGAACUGUAUAUUUGAUUUAGAAGAGAAGGCUCCUUCCAAAGCAUUUAUAGAUGAUGAUCUAGGUUUUGAUCCAUUUGAAGAAACGAACAAAGCGCUUGCAGAAGAUAUAAAAAUAGAACAAAAGCAACAGCAACUCAGACACCAGCAGUAUCACCAUCAACAAAACCACCACCACCACCACCACCAUUUACAGCAUCAGCAGCAGCAGCAACAGCAAGAACAGCUGAGAGCAGGCCUAAAAUCCGUGAUAGACUAUUGCAACCCAGGUAGCCAGUCGCGUGCCAGAUUACCUCCUCCUGGUUUCAAUGGUUUCAACUCGUACAAUGUGCCAAGACAAACUCAAGAGCCCAACAAGUUACCACCAUUCUUCAGUGGUCUAGCAGGAAAUCAAGGCUUGGGCUCUAAUCCUGCUGUACCUCCGCAAACUCUCAAUGGCAUGGUUAGCUCUAAUGGCUUAGGUGUACCACCUGGUUUAAGUGGUAAUCUUUUAGGUGGUGGAAAUACCAAUGGGUUGAGUAAUGGAGUUAUACCUGGAGGAUUGGGUGGCAACAGCCUUCCUCCCCACUUAUUACCUCCUGCCUCACUACUGGGUAUGGACACGACACCCCUCAGUGCCUCACAAUGUCCUCCUGGGUGUGUAGGACUUCCAAAGGGCGAUGCCUUCCUUUUGAAAGAUUUAGAAAAUGGCCUCCGCAGUAUAUUCCCAGCCAUAAGCUCAGUUAGUACCAUGAACACUUUGAAUACUGUAAACACGCUUAACACAUUGGCAUCUGGAGCUGCCAACAAUCCCAAUUCGCCAAAUAAUCCCCUUACAAACUUCCUUAAUAUGGCUCAUCACCAUCAGCAGCAGCAGCAGCAGCAGCAGCAACAACAACAGCAACAACAACAGCAGCAGCAGCAACAGCAACAACAACAACAACAGACAUUAUUGCACCAAUUAACUUUGAGUUCUCUAGCAAAUUCCCAGAAAGGUUGGAGCAUUAGUGGUGCCCCAGAUCUCACAGUUUUAGACCCAGCCAUCCUCUCCUCUGGUCAGUUAACAGACUCUCGGUCAGAUUCUCCACCACACUGGAUGAAGGUGGUUGAUCAGUUGGCAGAAGCUCCUCUAUGGAACAAUCUUUUACCAUUUAAUAUAAAUUCUGCUGGAAUGCCAACUGGGUUGGGUCCCCAUGCAGCCCCUACAGGUCCCCCGGCUCCCACACAGCGUUCCGUGGCACCUAUGUGGCCCCCAACCUCACCACCACCAGGCUUUAAUAGCAUCUCUCCACUACAUCACUCCAAGCAGCACGAACCACACAAGAUUGAGAAUCUCUAAUAGAAGUAUAUGGAGAAUUAUAUACCGUCUAAAUGAAGAAGAGAAUUUUAUUAUAUAAACUCCAGCCCCCUUGUCUACCUGUCAUAUACCCACUGAUGCAUCAUUAGAUAUGAAAGCGGUGAAGGAAAGUGAAGUUAUUGUGUUAAUGUACUGUAGUACGCCAUGAGUUAUAUAAAAAGAAAUAAAAAAUAAAUUUUCCUGUGCAAGCAUUUUUAAUAUUUAUACUGGAAAAAAUAUAGGUGAAUUAAAACUUUAUUAUUUCAAUAGAUCUUUGUAACUUCAAAGCUUCGUAAACUUUCCCUUUGCUGUUUUUGGCAGCCUAUUUAUCUUUGCAUGCAUUGAGAGUCCUAUUUUUUAUUACUCGUUAAGUUACGACUAGUAUUGCACUGGCAUAUGUCAUUUCCUUGCCAUCUUUUUAUUAGCUUUGUUUCUUACUAAAGAGUAGUCAGGCAUUUUUCAAAUUGUAACUUGUGUUAAAAUUGAAUUUAGCAUUACAUUUCCCUCAAGAGCGUCGAGAUCGAGAUCGGUCCAUCCCCAGGAAUUUCUCUCUCUCUCUCUCUCUCUCUCUCUCUCUGUGGACAAACUUCAAGGAGUUGAAAAAUGAAAUGAAGAGGUUUGGUGGCAAAGGGGACUUUUUUCCUUAGGUAGAAGAGUGCUGGAUACUAAGGGGUUACUCAAAUGUUUUGUUUUCAUUUGAUGGAAGUCUGGAUCAACAUAAUCUCACUUGUUUUGGAAGAGCAUUUUUUCCUUUUGUCUGUGUAUGUAGGAAUAUGAAAAAUUCUUUAGUGCAAUAUGGUUAUGUUUUCUUCUCUUUGGUGUUAUCUGCUGUACUCUUUGAUUUUUAUUGUAUGCAUCUUCAUUUGAAAUGGUGUAAAAAUGGUUUGACAAGAUAUUGAAAAGUUGACCUCUCUUUUUCUCAUAUAUAGACAAUAUAUAUAAAGUAUAUCUUGGCCCCUAGUACCCAGCAGUCUUUAUCAGUGUGGUAACCAUAAUAGAGAGAAUGCUAUUGCUGUUACCAAUUUGGCAAAGUCCAUCCUCCUUUCUCCUUCACUAAAAGUACUAGAUACCUAUCUACCAGUGAUUCCAUAUGCACUUCAGAAUGUUCAGUCAGACCCAACCUCUCUGGACAAUGUUUUCAGUUUUUUCUCUCCAUAUAAUGAUGUGGACGUGCUGCUCUCCCCCCAUAGGUCUAGAUCUUCACUACUAUCAAUACAAAAAUAUAUUCUAGCUCAUGAACAUAAACUGCUGUUUUGAAUAUUAUUAUUGUGAUGAUGGGAAUUCUGGGGAAUUUUUAUAUGAGUGAACGAGAUAUAAAGAAGUUGUCAAGAUUACAAAAAAGCGAGGUGAAGGCUGUUUACAAGAAACUACGGCAAGCGUGUGGUUGAAAAGUCUGGUUGAUCGCGAAGACCACCAGGUUUAACACCUAUUAUAUAUUGUGGAUAAAAAUAUAUUCUUGGACAACCUCCAACCAAACAUUCUAAUCUGAAAAUAAAUUUCAAAACAUUGA